GGAACUGGCAGUGGCAUUUUUCGCUACUACCAUCCGUACCAUACACCACGGUACAGUAUGGAUACGCUACCAAUCCGUACCAUAUCUUACUAGCUGAUGCACUCACCCCAUAAACUUACCUGCCUACCGCCGUCCCGUCGAUCACCAGCAGCUUUCUUUUCUCUGCUCAAGGUGCCGUACGGCGCCCUCAACACUACCGCGACCACCAACGACCCGAUGCGUGCCUCCAUCCCCAUCGGUGCAGCGGCACGACGAUGCAGUUGCAGGCGGCGCACGCACACACACACACAUUUGCACACAUACGCAUACACGCCUGUCGCAGUCGGAUCAGGAGCAGCAGGGAAUUGGCCAGACGCGGGGGGGGGGGGGCCAGGGGAGAGGGAAAGGAAGAAGGGAAAGGGACCAGCUUGAGGCCCUGGACCCUGGUCGAGGCUUUGCAAGUCCCAGGCAAUGGAAAGACUGAUGAACGAACGAGCGCAAAAGCCAGCAUCAACCAAGACACAUACACACGAAAUCUUGGGAGACUUUCCACACGUCUGGGCUUGCCAUCAACUGGGAGGGGAAGCUGGAGGAACAAGCAUACCUUACUGCGUCCCUACCCACGAAAGGUACGUACCGCACAUGUCGGGCGGGUGUGGAGCCGGCUCCAAGGCCCCAAAGUGCAUGAUCCAAGGUACUUAACCUUCAGCGUACCUCUUGGACCGUUCCUCGAAAUCACUAGCCAGUCAGCGAUCCCAUUGGGAAAUCUGGGCCAGCCGCUAGGUACGACGAACGACCAUGACAAUGACGAGACGGCAGGCAAUUUCUUUGACUUACCCCGUGAUUCACUAGGUAUGUGUUUCCAUGUUUCGAAGCGCGGCUCUCUCGACUAGAAAAAGAACGGAAGAAGGCAAGAACUGCUGCAGUGUCGGGCAGAUGGAAACGACGACUCGAAGGGAACCACGUCUUCAACCGUGAG